AUGGAGGAAGAACGGCGAAUUCUGUUCGGGAAAUACGAGAUGGGAAGGCUUCUAGGCAAAGGAACCUUCGCGAAAGUCUAUUACGGCAAGGAGAUCGUCGGCGGCGAGAGCGAGAGCGUCGCCAUCAAAGUCAUCAACAAGGAUCAAGUAAUGAAGCGGCCAGGGAUGAUGGAUCAAAUCAAGCGCGAGAUUUCAAUCAUGAAGCUCGUUCGUCAUCCCAACAUCGUCGAAUUGAAAGAGGUCAUGGCUACAAAGACGAAGAUCUUCUUCGUCAUGGAGUUCGUUAGAGGCGGCGAGCUUUUCGCUAAGGUCGCUAAAGGUAAGCUCCACGAGGACGCCGCUCGUAAAUAUUUCCAGCAAUUGAUCUCCGCCGUCGAUUUCUGCCAUAGCAGAGGCGUUUCUCAUCGCGAUCUGAAACCGGAGAACCUCCUUCUCGACGAGAACGGGGAUCUGAAAAUCUCCGAUUUCGGAUUGUCGGCGUUGCCGGAGCAGAUUCUCCAGGACGGAUUGCUUCACACCCAGUGUGGAACGCCGGCUUACGUGGCGCCGGAGGUUCUCAGGAAGAAGGGAUACGACGGUGCGAAGGCGGAUAUCUGGUCGUGCGGCGUCGUUUUGUACGUGCUUCUCGCCGGAUGUUUGCCGUUUCAGGACGAGAAUCUGAUGAACAUGUACCGGAAGAUUUUCAGGGCGGAUUUUGAAUUC